GGUGGCCGCGGUUGGGCGCUUUGCAGAUGUUGCGUUCCUGAUCUUCGUCAUGUCUUCUGCUGCCGCCGCCGCCGCCUGAGCGACAGUUGCGGCGUCGCGGCCGUCGCCGCUCGGAGAGGGGGUCGUUUGUCGAGACGCGCGGGUUUCCGCGCGGACGGUGCGCGCGAGGAGCUCGCGGGACAUGGCGGUCCCAGUGAACAUCCAGAGCCCCAGUAAAAACUGGGAGUUAAGCUUGUAUGAGCUACACCGAAGCCCUCAGGAGGCCAUAAUGGACGGGACAGAGGUGGCGGUGUCUCCCAGGGCGCUGCACAGUGAGCUGAUGUGUCCCAUCUGUCUGGACAUGUUAAAAAACACCAUGACAACCAAGGAGUGUCUCCACCGCUUCUGCUCCGACUGUAUCGUCACCGCACUGCGGUCCGGGAACAAAGAGUGUCCGACCUGCAGGAAGAAGUUGGUGUCCAGGCGCUCCUUGCGCCGUGACUCCAAUUUCGAUGCGCUGAUCUCCAAGAUCUACCCGAGCCGGGACGAGUACGAGGCGCAUCAGGACCGGGUUCUGGAGCGGCUCAGCCGGCUGCACAACAAGGAGGCACUCAGCUCCAGUAUCGAGGAGGGCCUCCGCCAACAGGCCCGCUACAGGUCCGAGAGGUCCCAUCGUGUCAGGAGGCCGGCUCAGGAGAGCGACAACACCACCUUCAGCGGUGGGGAGGAAAACGGCGACGCCCGCUCGCACAUUUCCCACGACUCCGCCCCAUCACAUGCCCACCUGCCCCGCGGGAAUGCCUCCUCGGAGGCGGGGCCCAGCCGUAAAAGGACACGUAUGUCAGAUGAUGGAUCUGGUCCCGAGGUAGACGGGGGAAGCCCUGCCCCGCCAGUGCGACGUCACAAAGACGGGCCGGCCUCGGAGAUUGAGUUGGUGUUCAGGCCACACCCCCAUCUGGUCAACACUCAGGAAUACAGCCAAACCAGAUACGUCAAGACCACGGCCAACGCCACAGUGGACCACCUGUCCAAAUACCUGGCCCUCCGCGUUGCCCUGGAGGAGAGACAGACAGGCGGCCAGAUGGACGGACAGACGAGCACAGGGACUGAGGGAAGAGCAGCAGGAGGAGGAGGAGAGCAAGAGCCCAGAGGAGAGGAAGGAGGUGCAGUGGUGGAAGAAAGAAGAGAGGAGUCGAGGCUGAGUGACGUCAGUGAGAAACAGUACACCAUUUACAUCACGACGACAGGAGGCCAGUUUUCUACGCUGAACGGCUCUCUGACUUUGGAGUUGGUCAAUGAGAAAUACUGGAAGGUCAGAAAGCCCCUCGAGUUGUACUACGCCCUGACCAAGGACCAACAACAGUCAACACAUCAACAACAACAACAACACCAACCACAUCUACAACAGCCACAGAAGUCCCCACAGCAGAGGGAGGGGUGAGGAAGACGAGUGUGUAGUGAAGAGGAGGAUGUGCCCAUUCAUCAGGCUUUGCUCCAUUUCGUCCCAUUUAACCGCUUGUGAUUUCUGUGGUGUCAGUUUCAAGAUGGCCGACCUCACGUGGCUAGUUCCUGCUUUUUCCCCAGGGUCCCCCGCCUGCCUAUGGAAGCCUUUAGAAUGGAACCAGGUCGUUUGGUCUGUGAGCUGUAACUUCGACAGGUGUCCUUUUGAGGAGCUGAUCACAGACCAGGGUGGGAUUUUAUGACAAGACAUUAGUCAACUUUUAUUCAUCAUUUCUUUGCUAUUUAAUAUGUCCAUCUCUCUACUGGUCACUUUGAGCAGGUAGCCAACCAUCACAUGGAGAUCUUAUAGGGUUGCCAACCAUUCUGUAAAACACACAAUCGCACAUAAUUGGAAAGUAAAAAACCCUUUCUGUAUUGGAACUCACUCAUAUUUUAUUUCAUAUCUUUGAGAAACAAUUCAGUGCAGAUGUAUGGAAGAGAAUACAUAUGGGUUAGAUUGUUAAUUGUAAUUACCGACAAAUUGUGGUUUUCCUCCGGGUGCUCCGGUUUCCUCCAACAGCCCAAAGACGUAGGUCAGGUGAAUUGGCUGUAAUAAAUUUUCCCUAGGUGUGAAUGUGUGUGUGUGUGUGUGUGUGUGUGUGUGUGUGUGUGUGUUGGCCCUGUGAUGGCCUGGCGGCCUGUCCAGGGUGUCUCCCCGCCUGCCGCCCCAAUGACUGCUGGGAUAGGCUCCAGCAUCCCUGCGACCCUGAGCAGGAUAAGCGGUUUGGAUAAUGGAUAGUGGAAUGUAUAAGCUGAAGGCAAACCCUUCUUCUCUGUUACUUCUCAACCUGCCUGUGAUGUAAUCUCUCUCUGUCUCUCCAGCUUUAUCUCCCCCAUUGUCUGUGAAUGACAGAGUUACUUCAAUACAUCUGACAGCAGUGAUUUUGUGGCACAUGUUCUGUGGUGAUGUAUUCUGAUUGGUAGGAUAUUAUAGGCGAGAUUGAGAUGGUUUGGACAUGUGCGGAGGAGAGAUGCUGGGUGUAUUGGGGGAAGGAUGCUGAAUAUGGAGCUGCCAGAGUAGAGGAAAAGAGGAAGGCCAAAGAGGAGGUUUAUGGUUGUGGUGAGGGAGCACAUGCAGUUGGCUGGCGUGACAGAGGAAGAUGCAGGGGACAGGAAGAGAUGGAAACAUGAUUGGCUGUGGUGACCCCUUACGGGAGCAGCCAAGAGAUGAAAAAGGAGGAUAUUGUUAUACCACACUGACUAAUGGUAGUAAUAAUAUCUUUCAUCAUGUCAUUUUACAGUCAAACUUUGCUGGCCUACGGCACAUUUGAUACUGAGGAAAGUAAACAUGCUUCAUAACAAGAUCAUCUGUAAUACAUACAAAUCCAUACAAGACACACAACCAAUAACACCCUUGUUCUGUAUUCUCAUUAUGGAUUUUGGCCACCCUAAGAUCCUCGACCUUCAGACCAACACAGAUGGCUUUUAAAAGUGGCUGGGGAGUUUAGAGAUUUACCAGCCGCAAAGAAGGUCCCCCCUUAUUUUCUGACAAUGCAAAACAUUUUUGUGCGCAUCAGCGUCUUCAUUCUUUGUUCUUUUUGGUCCGACUCCCAAGUUCAGAUCACUUAUUCGGACAUGUGAACAGGCACUGUACAAAGCUACCGGCCGUCCCUCCUGUGCAACGUCACAGUGACGUCACAGCUUCGACAAUCACAAGCCGCUUUACUGACACGCUUAACUUUAAAGUAAAAUCUGUACGCGAAUGCACAAAAACCUGCAAGGAUGGCCUCUUCCUUACUUCGAUGGAAAGAAGAAGAAGAAGAAAAAAAAGAUUCUGUAAAGGUGGAAUCGGUGAAUCGGAAACGUUGCUCUGACCGCUCAGCUUUGGAGGGGGGGAUGAGCGAAAGCAGCCCGGUCCCCGUUAUGACGUUGCAAUGAAAUGAUUCACUGGCUGAAACUAAUAAGGUGGACAUUUAUUUCUAAUUUUUCUGCCUGCUUUUGAGAGAUCUCUAAUGGGUUUACUGGCUGUUGAUUUUCUGCAUCUUCCAUCUUAUAACCGGUUGUUAAGCGAUGACAUGAAUGGCGGGUGGCAGGGCGGCGCUGUGGUUGGCACUGUGUCUGCUCUGCUCUGGGCCUGGCGGCCUGGGCAGAGCGUCGCCCCGCUCCUUCCACCCAGCGAGCGCUGGGAUAGGCUGCAGCACCCCGCCACCCCAGAUGGGCUCAACCGCGACGAUAUAUAAAUGAAUAUAAUUUUCUGGGUUUUUAAUGUCAGUUGGACCGCUGUUAUAUUUGUAAUUCAGCCUUUUCAUAGCUUAUAUACUUGUUAAAUCACUGAGCUUAAAUUUGGGUAGUUCUUAAGGCAUAUAGCUACAGCGUCUCAGGGUAGGAGCCAUUAGGCCAUGAUGGACUAUAAUGUGUAAAAAUAUUGAAUCAGGUUCUUUAAAAAAAUGGUUAUUUCAGGGCAAACGAAGAACUGCCCUAUCACGGCUGUAAUUUACACGGGGUAUUUUGUCGACGGAUAUGAACCACAAUGUAUGUUAACAUAUCUGCUCAUUGGUAAUGUGUGGAUUUAAUGAAAGUUUUUUUUUUUUUUUUUUUAGCAGCUUUUCCCGUAAAAUGUAUAUCGAGGACCUCUUUAAUAAAACAUGUAGUUGCUUUACCGUGGGUAUCUUGCCAUUUCCCCCCCACAAACUAAAUAUACAGGGUUGUGUAAAAAUAACCGCUUUCCCUUCACGUGUCAUCAUCUAGUUAAUGCCCCGAUGCUUUCUAGCCAUAUGCCUUAUUUCUAGUGUUACCUCACACCUCUACUGAAGGCUUUCCUCCAAGUCUUGUCUAAAGCACUUUACAUUUCCUGCAGGCAUGUUUUGGCUUAUCUUACCUUUUACCUCAGUUUUGAUACAAACUUUGUAUGUAAAAGAAAUGCAAUAUACACCCUUUGUUCCCUGUCGUAUGUAAACUUUACAAUUUUGGGAGUGGUUUAAAAAAAAAAAAGAAAAGCAAAUCAGCACCGAAAAUAAAAGCACAGACAUCUAGAUUGAAA